GCUGUCUUUUUAUUAAAGAAGCUUCAGGGCAGAGAAUAACCAGCUAGAGCUCAGCCACAGAAAUUGCUUAUGAAAUUAGCAGAUUUGAAACUCUCAGUACAAGACCAGGUGGAAUAAACUUACGUGCACUUUUGUGUUGGUGUAACCGGACACAAGGCUUCAUUAGUCUGCCAGCACUGAUUGAAAAGGAUGAUUUGGAUACUUCAGCUAUUGUUUUCACCGCUCCCAACUCCUGCUUUGAUUGGCCUUAUUACAUUUGGAACAACAGUCUUCCUAUGGCUGAUAACCAAACCAAAACCAGUUGCACCCCCGGUUGACUUGAACAAGCAGUCCAUUGGCACUGAGGGAGGAGCUAGAAGAAGUGUACUUGUACCCGAAGGCAAGCUUCUUUCUUAUUACUAUGAAGAUGCAAAGACCUUGUAUGAAACUUUCCGGAGAGGACGUUAUGUAUCAGAAAAUGGUCCUUGUUUAGGAUACAGAAAACCAAAGCAACCAUAUCAGUGGCUGUCCUACCAACAGGUUCUGGACAGAGCUGAAUACUUGGGAUCAGGUCUCAUACACAAAGGUUGUAAACCUUCAUCAGAUCAGUUUGUCGGCAUCUUUGCUCAGAACAGACCAGAGUGGAUUAUAUCUGAGCUUGCCUGUUACACCUAUUCAAUGGUGGCAGUUCCUCUUUAUGACACACUGGGUCCAGAAGCAAUUGUGUACAUUAUUAAUAAAGCUGACAUAUCUACAGUGAUCUGUGACAAACCAGAAAAGGCACAGGUGGUUCUUGAGAACUGUCAACAAAAGAAGACACCAGGACUGAAAAUAAUUAUUCUGAUGGAUCCUUUUGAAGACAAUCUAAAAAAGACAGGAGCUAAAGCAGGGAUUGAAAUUAUUUCAUUGCGAGAUAUUGAGACACUUGGAAGAAACAACUUGAGCAAACCAGUUCCUCCCAAACCAGAAGAUCUCAGUAUGGUCUGCUUCACAAGUGGAACAACAGGUGACCCUAAAGGAGCCUUGCUAACACAUGAAGGUGUUGUUGCUAAUGCUGCAGCUUUUAUAAAGAGCAUUGAGAUGACUUCUCCUUGCCAGCCAUCAGACAUAUCCAUGUCAUAUCUUCCGCUAGCUCACAUGUUUGAGAGAGUAGUGCAGACUGUGAUGUACAGCAAUGGAGCAAAAGUGGGAUUCUUCCAAGGAGAUAUUAGAUUUCUAACUGAUGACAUGAAAGCUUUGAAGCCAACAAUUUUUCCAGUGGUGCCAAGGCUGCUCAAUAGGAUCUAUGACAAGAUACAAAGUGGUGCCCAAACAAGCUUGAAGAAACUCUUGUUGAAAAUUGCUGUGGACAGAAAGCAUGCCGAAGUGAAGCAGGGCAUCCUUCGAAAUACUAGCAUCUGGGACAAGCUAGUGUUCAAGAAAGUUCAGGAUAUCAUGGGUGGGAAGGUGCGAAUAGUAGUAACUGGAGCUGCACCAAUAUCUCCAUCUGUCCUAACAUUCCUCAGAGCAGCCUUUGGAUGUCAGAUCUUUGAAGCAUAUGGUCAGACGGAAUGCACAGCUGGGUGUACAUUCUCACUGCCAGGAGACUGGAAAACAGGUCAUGUUGGACCACCCCUAGCUUGCAACAUAAUAAAACUUGAAGAUGUUCCUGAUAUGAACUACUUUGCGUCAAACAAUGAAGGGGAGAUCUGCAUUAAAGGGCCGAAUGUAUUCAAAGGUUACUUGAAGGAUCCCAAAAGAACAACCGAAGCACUUGACAAGAAUGGGUGGCUUCAUACUGGAGAUAUUGGGAAAUGGAUGCCGACUGGGGCACUAAAGAUCAUUGACAGAAAAAAGAACAUCUUCAAACUAGCUCAAGGAGAAUACAUUGCACCUGAAAAGAUUGAAAACAUCUACAUCAGAAGUGGUCCUGUGGCACAGGUCUUUGUGCAUGGAGAUAGCCUCCAGUCUUUCUUGGUGGGUGUGGUGGUUCCGGAUCCAGAGAUACUUCCAGAGUUUGCAGAAAAACUGGGAGUAAAAGGUUCAUAUGAGGAGCUCUGUAAAAAUGCAGCAGUGAAAAAAGCUGUCUUGAUGGAUAUGGUCAAAUUGGGGAAAGAAGCCGGCCUCAAGUCUUUUGAACAGGUGAAAGAUAUCUACCUUCAUCCAGAUAUGUUCACAGUUGAAAAUGGACUCUUGACCCCAACACUGAAGGCAAAGAGAACAGAAGUAUCUAAACACUUCAGGAGCCAAAUUGAUGGACUCUAUGCUUCUAACAUGUAGGGAGUGGGCUAUAUGUCUCUACCAUGGACUACGAAAGCAUUCUCAAGGCACUACUUAGUUGGCUAAUGAAGGACCAAAAUAAAACAACUGGGGAGGUCUCGUCCUAUUUAAAAAUGGAAAAACACAGUUGGUAGUACUGGGUUGAAGUGCACCUUGUAUAAAAAUGGUUAAGGUGUUCAAGUGGAGUAGGUGAUUUGUAUUGUACAAAACAUAUUGGGAAGCUGCUUGCUACUUCACCACUGUUCUUCAUCACAUCCCCUAACAGAAAUGAAGAGGCUUGAUGGUUUGAAUAGCUGGGACAAAUGGCUGUUCUUCCUGAGAUGGAACAGCCUCUCUCCAAAAAAACUUGUGGUGGUGUUAAGAGACUACCAUGAAAUUGUACUGGCCUGACUAGGUUAGUAUGACUGCAUGCUAAUUUAAUCUGCUCCUUACUCAGUGGCUGUACCCUCUAGCGGAGGCAUGUAAUAUAUUAUUAUGAUAUGCUCAGUGUCUUGAUUUGUACAGUCAUGUUUGUAAAAUAUUUUUUCUGAGGAAAUGAAGCCAUGCAUUUCACUAUUCUGUGAUGGACACUCAAAACAUAUUAACAUCAAAUGUACAUACCUUUUUUCUAUCCAAAUUCUGUCGAGGAACAAACUGAUUGUAAUAUUGCUGGUUUGGAAAAAAAAAUGAAUGUGAAAAAUAAACAGCACUUUUGGAAAUAC